AUGAAGACUUAUGAGGACUGGGGGAUGGAGACUUAUGAGGACUGUGGUAUGAAGACUUAUGAGGACUGGGGGAUGGAGACUUAUGAGGACUGUGGUAUGAAGACUUAUGAGGACUGUGGUAUGGAGACUUAUGAGGACUGGGGGAUGGAGACUUAUGAGGACUGUGGUAUGAAGACUUAUGAGGACUGUGGUAUGGAGACUUAUGAGGACUGGGGUAUAGAGACUUAUGAGGACUGGAGGAUGGAGACUUAUGAGGACUGGGUGAUGGAGACUUAUGAGGACUGGGGGAUGGAGACUUAUGAGGACUGGGGUAUGGAGACUUAUGAGGACUGGGGGAUGGAGACUUAUGAGGACUGGGUGAUGGAGACUUAUGAGGACUGUGGGAUGGAGACUUAUGAGGACUGGGGUAUGGAGACUUAUGAGGACUGGGGGAUGGAGACUUAUGAGGACUGGGGGAUGGAGACUUCUGAUCAGGAUGGAGACAUGGGGACGGUCAGCGAACUGUGUGUGUCCAGUUUCUCAGCGUUCCUCUGCCCAGCCGUCAAACCAGUCCCUGACGACCUGAGCCCUGAGGAGAAGCAGGAGCUGGAGAAGAUCCGCCGCCGCAAACAGGAGCUGCUCCAGGACAUCCAGCGGUUAAAAGAUGAGAUUGAAGAGGUGACCUGUGAGAUCGAGCACCUGGGUCAGUCUGAGGAACGGAAGACGAUGCAGAGGAACAAGCAGAUGGCUGUCGGCCGCAAGAAGUUCAACAUGGAUCCGAAGAAGGGGAUCCGGUUUUUGAUUGACAGCGGUCUGUUGAAGAACACCAGUGAUGACAUCGCUCGGUUCCUGUUCAAAGGGGAGGGGCUAAACAAGACGGCGAUCGGGGACUAUCUGGGAGAGAGGGACGACUUGAACCUGUUGGUGCUGAAGUCCUUUGUGGCUUUACACGAGUUCUCGGACCUGAACCUGGUCCAGGCCUUGAGGCAGUUCCUCUGGAGCUUCAGGCUCCCAGGAGAAGCUCAGAAGAUCGACCGCAUGAUGGAGGCGUUCGCCCGAAGAUACUGCUGCUGUAACCCGGGCGUGUUCCAGAACACAGACACCUGUUACAUCCUGUCCUUCGCGGUCAUUAUGCUCAACACCAGUUUACACAACCCCAAUGUCAAAGACAAACAGUCUGUUCAGAGAUUCACCUCCAUGAACCGAGGCAUCAACGACGGAGGAGACCUGCCCGAAGACCUGCUCAGGAAUCUUUACGAAAGCAUCAAGAACGAGCCGUUUAAAAUCCCAGAGGACGACGGUAACGAUCUGACGCACACCUUCUUCAACCCCGACAGAGAAGGCUGGCUACUCAAACUCGGAGGAAGAGUGAAAACGUGGAAGAGACGAUGGUUCAUCCUCACAGACAACUGCCUCUACUACUUUGAAUACACCACAGACAAAGAGCCCAGAGGAAUCAUCCCUCUGGAAAACCUCAGCAUCAGAGAAGUGGACGAAUCCAAGAAACCAAACUGUUUUGAGCUGUUCAUCCCGGAGCACAAGGACCAGGUGAUCAAAGCCUGUAAGACUGAAGCAGACGGACGAGUGGUGGAAGGAAACCACACAUUCUACAGGAUCUCAGCUCCCAGCAGCGACGAGAAGGACCAGUGGAUCAGCUGCAUCAAAGCCGCCAUCAGCAAAGACCCGUUCUACGAGAUGCUCGCGGCUCGCAAGAAGAAAGUCUCGUCUCAGAAAGCGUCGUAA